AUUGGCUGACGGACCGACGCCUCCGUCGCCCGCCCGUCCGGAACCAGCGGGCUGAAGGUGAACCCGGCCCGUCUCUCUCCGUCUACCCGUCGUGUGAGCACCGUUCUCCCCGCGCUGCCCACCUCGCCCUCAGAGACAUGUCCGUGUUCAGCGACGUCCCGCUGGCUCCUCCGGUCGCGGUCUUCAAGCUGAGUGCUGAUUUCCGGGAGGACAGCCACCCGCAGAAGGUGAAUCUGGGAGUCGGAGCGUACCGCACCGAUGACUGCCAGCCGUGGGUGCUGCCGGUGGUGAAGAAGGUGGAGCGGCUCAUCGUGGAGGACGCCGGCCUGAACCACGAGUACCUGCCCAUCCUCGGCCUGCCCGAGUUCCGCUCCGCCUCCUCCAGGGUCGCCCUGGGAGACGGCAGCGCCGCCAUCAAGGACGGCCGGGUGGGGGGGGUCCAGGCCCUGGGGGGGACCGGCGCUCUGAGGAUCGGGGCCGAGUUCCUGCGGCGUUGGUACAACGGCGUCAACAACACGGCCACGCCCGUCUACGUGUCGGCGCCCACCUGGGAGAACCACAACAGCGUGUUCGCCGACGCCGGCUUCAAGGACAUCCGUCCGUACCGCUACUGGGACGCUGCUGAGCGCGGCCUGGACCUGGCCGGGCUGCUGGAGGACCUGGAGAACGCUCCGGAACGCUCCAUCUUCGUCCUCCACGCCUGCGCACACAACCCCACCGGCACCGACCCCACCCGGGACCAGUGGAAGCAGAUCGCAGAGAUCAUGAAGAGGAGGAGCUUGUUUGCCUUCUUUGACUCCGCCUACCAGGGCUUCGCCUCCGGCGACCUGGAUAAAGACGCCUGGGCCAUCCGCUACUUCGUCUCAGAGGGCUUCGAGCUCUUCAUAGCUCAGUCCUUCUCCAAGAACUUUGGCCUCUACAACGAGAGAGUCGGCAACCUCACCGUGGUUGCCCGGGACAACGAGAACCUUUCCCGCACCCUGUCCCAGAUGGAGAAGAUCGUCAGGACCACGUGGUCCAACCCGCCGUCCCAGGGAGCGCGAAUCGUCAGCAAGACGCUGAACUGCCCCGAGCUGUUCGCUGAGUGGAAGGGUAACGUGAAGACCAUGGCGGACCGCAUCCUGCUGAUGAGGGACCAGCUGAAGGCCAAGCUGCAGGCUCUGGGGACCCCGGGGACCUGGGAGCACAUCACCCAGCAGAUCGGCAUGUUCAGCUUCACCGGCCUGAACCCCAAACAGGUGCAGUACAUGAUAGCGGAGAAGCACGUGUACCUGAUGGCGAGCGGCCGCAUCAACAUGUGCGGCUUGACCACCUCCAACAUCGACUACAUCGCCCAGUCCAUCCACGACGCCGUCACCAAGGGGCAGUGAGGGCCGCCUACAGGAAGUACCCCCCCCCGCCCCCCCUCACUUCAUCACCUCCUGACCUCCCUCCCGGUUGGGCUGCGUCGGGGGCUUUAACAGUCCGACCAAUGAGGCGCUUUGUUUGUUCUGAAGGUUCGAUGGUUUGAGGAAGACACUUAAACGCACAAAUGUGAAAAGUAAAAAUAAAUCUAUUUUAGAUGUUUUUAUUUUGCUUUUGUUUUUAUCCAAAUCAUUUCAAGUGCUGCGAUGUCAUUUAUAGGACUGGAGGGGACUCGUACGUACUACUGAACAAAUUGAAAUAACGGCUGGGUUGAUGUGACACGUUGCCAUGGUUACAGGUGACGGCCAGAAACUAAACGGGUAAAGAGAGAAAUCCGUCAGAAUUGAACAUGGCAUCAAUGGAAUAUGUUUAUUUAUUAAUCAAGUCGUAACGCUGAAGUGUAACGAGUCUGUCAUGUGACGCCGUUUGAAGGUCUCGUGCCAGAUGUUGCUUUUUCUGCCCUGUGCUGCUCCGUAAGAAUCCUCAACGCCCCCCCCCCCCCGCAGUGUGCCCUUAAUGUGUCACAUGACCACACCCCCCUUCACAUGCUUGUAAAGGGACGGGGAGUUUUCACCCUGUAAUAAAUUCUAAACACAAACCA